UGAAAAUAUUGAAACGACCGAUUCGAAAAAAAUAUGUUCAUUUAGAUUUAAAAAGAGAGGAAAGAAUCGUGGAACCCGAAAAAAGAAAGAAAGUAGUGAUGAAGACAAUGAUAACAGUGAUGAAGGAAAUGUUGCUGUUGUCAUCAAUAAUAGCAAAAGAAAAAAGAAUCAUAUGGUUCAAUCUACAAAAAGAAGUAAAUUAUUUGAUAAGGAAGAAUACAGCAGUUCCAGUGAAGAAGAACAAUCUAAGAUAUCUCUAUCCUAUAAAUCCAGUAGGACUGGGAAAAGAGAAGGUCCUGAAGAUUCUGGUGCCACAGCUAUAGUAGAGAUUGAUACAGAAUUAAACAUGGAUCCACAAGCAAUAUUUCAACGCUCAUUAGAUGUUAAUAAGGAACUAAAAGGUAAAGAAGAUGAUAAGAUCUAUAGAGGUAUGAAUAAUUAUGCUCAGUAUUAUGAGAAGAAAGAUACAGCACAAGGUAAUGCUGCUAGUGGUAUGGUCAGAAAAGGUCCAAUACGUGCACCAGCUAAUUUAAGAGCCACUGUUAGAUGGGAUUAUCAACCUGAUAUAUGUAAAGAUUACAAAGAAACUGGUUUCUGUGGUUUUGGAGACAGUUGUAAAUUUUUACAUGAUAGAAGUGACUACAAACAUGGCUGGCAACUAGAAAGAGAAAUGGAUGAAGGUAGAUAUGGACAGCAUGAAAAUGAGAAUUAUGAAAUAAGCAGUGAUGAAGACGAGUUACCAUUUAAAUGUUUUAUUUGUCGUAAAUACUUCACUGAUCCUAUUAUUACAAAAUGUAAACAUUAUUUUUGUGAGAAAUGUGCUUUAAAUCACUAUAGAAAAAGUAAACGAUGUUUUGUUUGUAAUGAACAAACUAAUGGAGUAUUCAACCCAGCUAAAGAAUUGAUUUCUAAAAUGAAGAAACAGAAGGAGGAAGAAGAAGAUGUAGAAAAUGAAGUAAAAGAAACAGAGCACGAUGAUACUUGAUAUUUUGUAUAUUUUUAUCAUUACAUUCUAUGCUGUAACAUAGUUGACAUAAUACAAUUAUUCAUUAACAU